CUGAACUCAGUCACUGAGUAAAUCGCGAUGAGGUUGCAUCAAAACAACAUUACGCGCGUUUCGUCUUGGAAACCAUACGGUAGAUAUUGUUGUAUACACUUGUACAGCAACAACAGCAGCAGCGUUUAGAAGCAGCAGCCAACAACAGCAAAAGGAAGAUAUUAAAAACACAAGAGCAAAAAAGUUAUUGUAAAGCAGAAAAAGGUGAAUGGUGAAAUAAAGUAAAAUGCAAACGGAAGUUCAAGCAUUCACUGAAUGUACGAGUAUUAAUAAUAUAAAAUUUUUUGGUAAAUAAAACCACUAGAAUAUAUGCAUAUGAGUAUGUACAUACUCGUAUAUACAAGUUAAAUCGUAACGAGUCCGAACGAAUUUUUCACAAGUACGGCUGAUUCGCGCGCGCCCCCCGUCUUGUGUACAACUGUGUAGGUGAAUUGUGUCUGUGAGUGUGUGUGUGUCUGUUUGAGUUGAGUAUGAAAAUGUGCUAUAGUAUCUGGCCGCGCGACGGGUGAAAUGUGUAAACCGUACGGUAAAUUAAGGCGGUCGUUGUAUGCGAAUGUAGGGUGUAUGCGACCCGGCAUGGUACGGCGCGACGUGACGCGACGCGGCAAAGCGCAAUUCGUUGCAAUACCCCAAUAGGUGUAUGUAUGUGUGUGCGCUCGUCCGUUCGUUCGUUCAUUCGAAAAAUGCAAUGUCGGUGCAUUGCAGUGCGGUAUAGCGACAGAGGCGUGUACUGAUGUUGACGCGGUGGGGUGAGACGCGCUGUGAAUCGACCCGAUGCUUGACCAUUGGAAAGUGCAAUGAUAAAAUAAAUGCAACAAAAAAAUAGAGACGUGAAUGUGUGCAAAAAUAGCAACAACAACGCUGCUAUUUUGAGCGCGACAUGCAUUAAAUUAAAUGAAAAAAUAUACAAAAAUAGAAAAUAUCAAAAGGAAAUUACGAAAUUUCGCCCAUUUUUAUUGCGCUAUAGCAUGUGCCCCCAAUGUCUCCUCACACUGCAUUGAAUGCUAAUGUUAACGAGAUGGCAGCAAAAUUGUCGCCUUAUAUGCGUUCAAAAUAAAUAUACAUAUAUAUUUUGUAUGUAUAUGUGUAUGCAUAGUAAAAUGCAUAUUUGUGCAUAUGUAUGAGUUCAACAAAAAUUAAGCAAAGGCAAACAUACAUACAUACAUAUAUCACACGGAAUUCGCAAUAAAGUUAAUUUUGUUUAAGUCAUAUCUACCCUUUAAAAGUGUGAAGUGUCAAUAAUAUUUAAUAAAAUUAUGUUUAUUUUUUCGUUUAUACAGUGAUAACAUGGAAGAAAGAGUAAUUGUUUGAAAGAAAAAGAAAAUGAAAAUAAAAAUAAGAAGUUCAUAAGCAAUACAAAUAAAACACGAAAAUAUAAUAAUAUUAUAAAAAAAAAUAUUAAAUAAUAAAUUCAUAGUCCUGGUCAACUGUGUACAACAAAUUAACAAUAUAAAAAUAAAGCUAAUGCAAACAUACUUCAAUAAAUAGCAGAUUCACGUAUAAAUCACCAUAACAUAAAAAAUCACAGUUCAACAAAUUCUUGGAGGUUUUUCGAAAAAUAUAUAAUAUUUCAGAAACAGUCCAUGUGGAAUGCUAAAAUCUACUUAAUCACACUUGGAAACUUUUAAAUCCACCCAACCACUCCUUUGAAUAAACAAAUAAAUAGAAAAUGGAGAAAAUCAAUUUAUAAGAAAAUAUAAAUCAAAGUUAAAGGAAUGCGAUUAUAAGUUGAUUAUAUUGUUGAAAAAAAGUUGUGCAAAUGGAAAAUUGUGAAGAACUAACAAAUUUAAAGCAUAAUUAACUCAAUAACGGUUCAUGUGCAUGUGUCAGUGCUUGUAAUAUACUAAAUCCAGAUUAUACGCAUUCUAUCGACGACAUAUGGAAAAAAUAGUGUAACCAUAAAGAAUAUUCAGUCGUUCUCCAAAGUGAAUGGGGUGGAGCGCGCCCCUCUUAAAACAAGUCGCCUCCAUGAAGUUUUAUAAACAAAAUGGUACGUGAAGAAACCCGAAAAAUUUGUUUUGGUCAAAUACCCGAAGCGAGAUUACGUGAGGAUACAAAAAGCCGAGAACACUUAAAACGGUACGUAUUCAAACUCUUUCACAUGUACAUAUGUGUGUAUAUAUAAUUUCGUUCGUACUGCUGUUUGCCCAUCUCAAGUCCUGGAUUAUUGAGAUGGUAAAAAGUGGUCACAUAUGCGUAUGUCUACUGAAGACGUUUCACCGCCUAAUUUCACAGAACGGAACAGUGGCUUCUAUGAACGCAGUUCCCGCUUAGCUGCAGAUAACGACACCUAUUCGCGUCGUUCGAACCGCCCGUCUGUGGGAAGCAACGGUGGUUAUCAAACGUCAAACAGCUUGGCAACGUCAAGUCCAACGGCGUCUAUACAGGAUAUAUCCCCUGUAGGCACUGUCACUUCUGGUGGUCCCGGUAUUAGUGCCAGUGGCACUUUAGAUAAUCGUAAUAGAACACGUGAUCGUUUGUACAAAAAUGGACCAUAUUUAUCUGCACAGUUAAACGAGAGAAGUUCCAACGGUGCCACCAUCAACAAUUAUAACCGUGCACUGCCGUCGUCAUGGUACGACGCUGCUGCGACGAAUACGAACAGUCCUGGUGGCAGUGGCAAUGCCGUCGCCUCAACAGUAGGCAUCAACUGCAUCCACAACUUUUAUUCCACCUCAAAUUCAAUCACCACACCUGCCUCCUCCACCACAUCGGCAAUUGCUCGCACGUCAACAACGCACCAGCGGAGCAAUUAUUACGGCACUGUGCCGGACAUAAGUCCAUCAACGUCGCACACAGCGGCAGGAACAGCAACAGCUUCAGCGUCUAGUGCGUAUUGGAUGAAGAACAAUUCGAAUUUGAAUAAAAUUGCUAAAUCAUCCGAAAUAGGGUUGGAAUCGUCAAAGCAUUCACUUGCUACAUCGACUAUGACGACGGAUACGUCGGGAAUAGGCAUGGGUGCACCAACAGCAACUUCGACAACAUCCUCGUUUGCAACCAAUAGUGGCAAUGGCAGUGGCAGUUGUAGUACAAUCAGUAGUAGUUAUAGCAGUAGUUUAAGCAGUAGCAGUAAUCUAAUACCGCCAACGCAUGCGACAGGCAUAUCCACCACGUUAUCAUCGCAGUCAGCUGUUGGAGGUCACGCAAAUGCUCCAGAGUUAGCUGCUGCGAGCAGUUGCGCCACCUCUCCCCUCUCGUCUACACAAAACCUGCUUCAACAGCAUUCAGCGCGAACACAUCGUUUGCAUGGACGGAGCACGACAUCAUCGAGCCGUUCGCACUCUCGUUCACCCAGUAGCUACAGCUCGUCACAUAGCUCCUCCUCAUCAAACACUUCAUCCCAUUCACACGCAUCAAGUCCAGUUAGAGGCAGUGAAUCAACUCCGUGCAAAUCUGCGUGCGGACUGACGAGCAAAUCGCGAAAUUUACAAUCAGCAGUUACGACCCCUCCUCAAGGUACAAGUGGAAUGGCGGGCAGUGGCACUGCCAGCAGUAACUCAAGCAACAGCAGUAGUAGCAGUGGCAAUAGUUCAUCCUGCAACACCGUCAAUCCCAUUGUUCAUUCCGAAGACAAUCGUCCGCUCGCUAUAUGUGUACGCAAUUUACCCGCACGUUCCUCAGACACAUCCUUGAAGGAUGGUCUUUUCCAUGAGUACAAAAAGCAUGGCAAAGUCACCUGGGUAAAGGUGGUUGGCCAAAAUUCAGAGCGCUAUGCAUUGGUUUGCUUCAAAAAGCCAGAUGACGUGGAGAAAGCAUUGGAAGUUUCACAAGAUAAGCUAUUCUUUGGGUGUAAAAUUGAAGUAGAACCCUAUCAAGGUUAUGAUGUGGAAGAUAACGAGUUCCGACCAUACGAAGCUGAACUAGAUGAGUAUCAUCCGAAAUCGACGCGUACCCUGUUCAUUGGCAAUUUAGAGAAAGAGAUAACGGCCAGUGAGUUACGGAGUCAUUUCGACUGUUUCGGUGAAAUAAUCGAAGUCGACAUUAAGAAGCAGGGUACCCAAGCAUAUGCCUUCUGUCAGUAUUCGGAUAUAAUAUCUGUGGUGAAGGCAAUGCGUAAAAUGGAUGGCGAGCAUCUGGGAAGCAAUCGGAUUAAAUUGGGAUUUGGAAAGUCGAUGCCUACGAAUUGUGUAUGGAUAGAUGGAGUAACGGAGAAGAUCUCCGAAUCGUUACUACAGUCCCAUUUCUCCCGCUAUGGCACCGUUACGAAAGUGAUUGUGGAUAGAUUGCAUCAUUUAGCGCUGGUCCAAUACGACCAAAUACAAUACGCCCAGACCGCCGUAAAAGAGAUGCGCGGUGCAACACUACGCGGCCGACGAUUGCAAGUGGAUUUUGCUUCACGCGAAUGUCAGGAUGCUUUCUAUGAUAAGCUGGAUAAGCAGAAUGCAGGGAAUCGGUUAAACAGAUACGACUCGCAAUCGCGUUCACGCGCAUCGUCGUUUAGUCGCCAUCAGAACUCGAACGAUGGAUGUUCUCCAAGUAAUACGCCUGGAAGUAGCAGCAGUUGCAGUGGUUCUAGCAUAACAGCAAACUCUGCGGCGACUGUGCCAACAGCAACGAUUGUCGCCGGCGUUAAUACUGGAAAUAAUUCCACGACGUCAAACAGCCCGUUGGUGGCGCAGAGCAUACCCAUGUCGGGCAAUUCGACGCCAGCCCGAAGUCGUGGAUCUCGUAGUUCACGACACACCGUUGACUACGACUACCUGGACAUGCGUCGAUUUCGUUCGUAUGACGAAUAUAGUCAGGGUUCGGGUGCCUCCCAUGAUGAGGAUGCCGCCCCACAGAGUGGCCAUUCCACAGGUGUUGGCGGUGGUUUGCGGUCCGACUCACCUCUACUCUCACGAUUGGGGCCCAUCGUGAGCGGCAUUGGAGCUCACGCAGCAGCAAGUGCGAAUGAGCGGGUAACUGAAACGCUUGAAGUGACGGUGAACAGCGGCAGUGGUCGCCGUCGUUGUGAUAAAAGUCCUGCGAAACAAAAAGGUGAUAUAAGAAUUCUACAAAAAGAACGUUCCCAUCUUUUAGAGCAACUUGAGGAAUGCCCGUCCAGUGGUGAUGAAAGCAUAGUGAGUCCGCGAAAGCGUAUUAAGAUCGAUCAUCAUCAUUCCAUGACCACCAGCAGUGGAACGUCUCAGUCGCAUUCAUCGGAGACAGGAAGCAAUGCUGGUGCUCAACAUAAAUUUAACCUAAGUUCCAACUGUGAUGCCACUGAAUAUGAUGUCGCGACAGCCGCCGGUCAACGAAAGAGUGAAGUGCGCCGCCUUUCAGACUCUAAUAAUCAGCCCAGUCUCAAGUAUCACCAACAUCAACAUCAGUAUCACACACAUUCACACUCAAUGCAGCCAUAUCAGCAGCAACUGGUUCGCCGACCGUCCAUUGAUAUAACGGCAACACUGGGAGCUGUUUCUACACGACAUGGAAGCGUGAGUAGUACUGGCUCUGGAAGUGAUCACCACCAUCAAGUGUCCGGUAGUAGUGCGAUGUCUGCCGGAAUUGCUUGCAAAAGGCGACGAGUCACGGGUGCAAAUAAUAGCGGCAGUGGUAAUGGUAAUGGAAGCGGCAAUACGCUCACUUCAACUACCUCCACUGGGCUAAGUGGUGGCUUGUCCAACACCAUUGGCUGUGGAAAUGGUGGCACAGUAAGUGACGACUAUCAACAACACAGUUCACGAAGUCGUGGCCAUCCAUUACAUUCCCAUCACUCACACGAUGCCAGCGGCGGAGAGAGUGCGGAAGGCUCACGUCCAGGCACUCCGCUUUGCGACGAACGCCCCGAAGUAUUGCCUAGCGAUCCACGGCGUCCGCCCCGCGAAUGUCGGCAUGAGCCAAUGAUAUUGCCUCUUCCGAAAUUCGGUAUACAGUUUUUUCAUCAGCAUCGCAAUAGUCUGGCAGGACAAACAAUUUCGAACGCUACAAGUCACACGAGUCUCAAUGUGAGUGGCUAUCACCAUAGCAGUGGCGGAAUGCUUUCCUCAUCAUCUAUGGCAGGGUGCAGCAACAAUAUCAGUGCGCACAUUUUAUCAAACACAAAUGUUAGCAGUAGUAGUCAUUCUAGUCAUAGCGCGCUGCCAACAACGACGACUUCAACAGCGUCAUCUGGUUCCUCUACUGUGCCGGGAUAUCCCUUACAUAGUCCAUCUAAUCGAUAUUCAUCACACUGGCGUCCGCAUCAACACCAUCAUCAUCAGCAGCAUAGCCACGGUCACAAUCACCCCGCGCAUACGCACUAUAAUCAAACAGCAACAGGUUCAGCUGGAGCAUCGAUGGUCAGUCCUUUACGACCACGUUCGCUCAGUUCGAAUUCCAGUGAUUCCGAUGUUCCAGGGCAAAUAAGUGGCAGUCCUUCAUUGGAGGAGCGCAUUCGAACUUUGGACGAGAUGUAUGAACGCUGGUCUGGUGGAGGCGCAAGUAGUGGAAAUGGUGGUGGUAAUGGUUCCGCCACUACUGCGAAUGCAGUAAAACGUCAUGACUUUGCCAGUCAGGGAGGUCCAACUGCAUUUCGGCAUGUACAUCGCGGUGGCGAGCAUCAUAGUGGUGGUAGUAGCGCAUCAUCUUCUGCUUCAUUACGGUUUAAGUUUCCUGAUAUCGAUGUCUGUGAUCUCAAACCUUCUGAGAUUGUUAAAUCAGUGUUGGCUAAGAAGUCAAUAUUCGAUGAUGAUCUGCAGCGAUUGAAGAAGAACCAGUGGUACGAGCCGUCUUCAGACGCCCAACAAUUGGCGAAACACAUAAUUGGAGUUUGUACGUUGCCGGGCUUACCUAAUUUGGCAGCCACGAAGACGCCAGUGGUUGGAUGUAGCUCCACAAACAGUGGAAAUACAGCGCUAAACAAAUCUUCGGGGGUCCUUUUGCAGCGAUUGAGCAGUCUUUCGCCUAUGAAUUCUCCACAGGCAUCAAUAUCACCAUAUAACAGCCCAUCUCCAUCCCCAUCGGUAAGCGGUAGUAUGACGACAACCACAACAUCGUGCCCGACCAAAGUCGUAACAACGACUGCGGCAAGCUGCAUUAGCACUAUUUUAAGUACAACAACGGCUAGUAGCAUAGCAGGAACAGCUGCUUCUGCUAGUAGUUUAGCAGCUGCCAUGAAGGGGCUGCAGUAUCCAUUUCCAAGUCAUCCACCCUUACCGAGUACGGCCGCGCCUCUACCUGCAGCCCAACCGGCUCCACCCACAGGUCCCGCUCCCUCAGACCCACCACAACCGAAGUCAACCCAAAUAACCACAGCGGAUACAAACACUUUGAGUGUGAGUGGCGCUAGGGCGAAGACAAAUUCGAUUACCAAAAGCUUGAGUGUACCAUGGGCAACAUCGAAUAACGAUAAUGUGGGAAAAAUUGAUAGUCGGGUUUUAACGAAAUCAAUCUCAGUUCCUGGUAGUACAAAUAUUGGCACAAUUAAGUCCUUGAAUACGCAUACAGCUAGUAACGAAGCGGCGACUCAUGCUAUAAGCCGGAGUUCGCCAUCAACAGGAAUUACUAAAACUGACGAGGAAAUGCCCAAAGUUGCGAAACAACCAGCGAAUAGUGUAUCGGUGAUAUCAAAGAAGAGCGAACGCAUAUCUCACAAACACAAUCAUCGCAAUGAAACCGAAAAACGUUCAGGGCGAAGUGAUCGUACAUCAGAAAGGCGGAAAAACUCAACAAACUCGCAACAUUCGGGAGCUUCGACAUCUACACCAAGAGUAGAAGCGGAUUCAAGUGAAAAUGAAGAAAAUUACGGUGAUAUUGCCGAAAAGGGGCAAAAACUAGAAGGGGAUCGGAACGGUAGGGAGCUUGAAAAGGACAGAGACAAAGAUAAGUCACAGAAAGAGCGUGAGAGAGAUCGUGAUAAGGAUAGGGAGCGCCAGGAACGUGAGAUUCGCAAACAAAAGGAAGAACAUGAAGCCCGCGAGCGAAAAGAGCGCGAAGAACGAGAGUUUAAAGAGGCUGAGGAUCGUCAACGUCGUGAAUUGGAAGACCGAGAGCAAGAACGUGCCUUGCUGCGAGAACGUGAACAAAAACAACGUGAUCGCGAACGACUUGAGCGCGAAGAACGUGAGCGAAAAGAGCGCGAAGAACGCGAGCGAAAAGAGCGCGAAGAACGCGAACGAAAAGAACGUGAAGAGAGAUUGGAAUGUGAGCGUAAGGAGAAGGAACAUCGCGAACGUGAAGAACAAGCGCAACGCGAACAUAAAGCGAAUAAAGAGCUAUCCGAAAGACGCGAACGAGAAAGAGAAGAAGUCGAACAUGACGAUAUAAAGCGUCAAGAUCGAGAGAUACAUAGGGAACAUUCGCGAAGAAACCCAGAAUCCACUGAUAAGACAAAUGAGGACCUGUCACAUACGCUUAAUAAAAAUCAAUCUGGAAGCGAGGUAAUACGCAAGAUCAACGAUGUCGAUCAUCAAAAUAACAAAGAAAAUGCAAUUGAUGAACCAAAGAGUCCAGCAGCUGUUGAAGCAUCCGGAAAGCAUCGUGGAAGAAAAUCUUCACGUAACUCUCCAAUACGCCUACCAAAACGGCGUCUUAGCUCACAAGAUAGUAAUAACGGUAACAUAAACAGUCACACUUCAGUAAGUGAGGACCCAGUCAAACGUCUACGUAUAGAGACUCAACACACGUUAACGGCUUCCAGUGCGAUAAAAGGAAAUGAACGACAGCAUCAGAAAGAAACGACUCAUGGCUCUGAUCAUUCGCACAAGCACUCAAGCAAUAAGCAUCAACAUCAACGUACGUCAAGUCAGAUUGGAACGGGAAAUGUAGGGAUUUCGGAUUCGACUGUAUGUACCGCUGAAAAGUCAAAGAUCAAGGAACAUUCGAACAAGCACAAAAGUAGCAAACACCAUAGACAUCAGCUGCAACAACACCAAAGCAUCACUAAAGAAAGCAGUAAGGGUGAAGGCGAAGACAAUAAUACUAUAUCUCCUGCAUCAACAUCCGCUACGGUUAUGCCGACAAUGGCAGUUCCAGUUCCGUCGACAGAUAAAGUAAAUCAUCAUGAAAAUAUUUCGGAUCAAGAGCUUGAGAGUUCGACACAAAAUUACCUCAGCAGAAAUUCGCUUAACUCGAGCGGUGAUGAAGGAGCGUCGCUGCAGCAGUCGCGGUCUGUAACUAGCGGUAGCCAACACAAGCAACGCGAUCACAGUGGAAGUCAUCAUGUGCGUCAUAAAAACAAACGUGAUCAUCGUGAGAGAAAGCGUCCAUCAACUACUGAAUCUUUAAUGUCUGCAACUAGCAACAACUUGACUGAUGAGGAAAUGACUCAAAAUCCAAGUCGACGAACAUCGGUUUCGCACAGUGGCGAAAUGACAUUGCCUAUACAGAAAUGUAAACAAGAGAGCCGGACAAGUUCGGAACGCAAAUUCUCUCGUUGUUCGGACGAGGGACUUGUUUUAAUACAGUCACAUUCUGCACAUCAUCGCCAUGUAAAUAACGCGAAAGCGACCCCGUCACGGAGAGUGAUCAUGAGUUCGGGCGAUUCGGACGACACAGACGAUCCAAAUAGUGGGAAGAAACACUCCAUUUUCGACAUACCUGACGAAGGGCCCUACGUGUCGAUGUACGAUAAGGUGAAAGCUCGCUCCUGUAAGAACAUGCAGAAACACGAAGAGGAAAAGAAGAUCAAAGCGAAAUUCACGCAGCUGAAACAAUCACGUGCUAAGCGAGAGGAAAAGAAACGCUCAACCAGUUAUGAAGGUGACUCAGACUCUGAUUUCGAGGAUCGGAAUCAACGCAGUGGCGGAAGCAGUUCUUACAAGUCACGCAAUCAAAACAAUCUUACAUCCUCGUCCGAUGACGAUGAUGACACAAAUAUGGCGACGCGUCGUCGCAGUUCGCAAGCAUCUUCACACCCUCAUCGAAUGUUUUCUGAUUCGGACUCAACAACAACAGCUGAAGCAGAAGCACGACGUAACAAGAUACAUCAUAAAUUGAUGCGCCUGUGCGAUGAUGAUGGCGACGACAGCUCCGGAGACGAAAUACACGCCAACGCGCGAAAAUCGAUGGCAUCAUCGCCAAGCAAACGAAGCUCCACCAAGAGAAAUUCACACUCAACUCGUAUAGCAUCCGAUUCCGAAUCGCAGUCGCAAUCCGCUGUAGAAAUGAAAAUCAAACGAGAGUUGACUGACGAGGAGGAUUGUGAUAACAAAUUAAAAAUGCAGAUAAAAACCGAAAUUUUGCCUUCAGAGACUACGGCAGAGUCAGAUGACAUUAAACCAAAAGAACCGUACAUUAAAACGGAAGACGAGUCGAAUGCGGCAUCUUUAGAAAUUAAAAAGGAGUAUAAACAUUUUACAGGCAAUUCAGUGAUUGAGAAUAUUGACCAUGAAUUCAAUUUGGAACAUUCAGCUUCAAAAUCGUCUCUGAAUGUUCACCAACAAUGUUCCCCCGAAUCUCGUAAGAAGCAUAAAAAGAGCAAGAAACGCCAGAAGAAUAAUCUCCCUACGCCAAAUGUUCCAACAGCGUUUAGCCUUGCGGAGGCGAAAAAUGUUUUGCUUGCCAUCACACCAGCCUCUUUCCAUAUGAUGAAUUACAUGAACAGCCCGGAACCUAAAAUAAAACCGUUACCGUCACCGCCAUAUGAUCCAUUUGAUCAAUUGAAGCGUGAUUGCUCGUCACUGUCCACAACAAUUGCUCAUGCAAACAAUGGCGCGAAUGACUUGUCCGUAUGCGAGAAGAAACGCCACAAGGAACGUAAAGAGAAAAAGCGGGAGAAAAUGCGUAAUAUGAGUGAUGGAGGUGGCAGCAUUGAUUCAGAUAAGUUGUCCAAAGAAGAGCGUCAUCGCUUAAGGAAAUCGAAAAAGUCGAAGAGCCUCGAUGCCACGCGAAUGAUAAAUUCAGCUGGCAGUACAGUAAAAGCGAAUAUUACGGCGUGUAGCUUGCCGGUGCCGACACCGGUGGCUGUUACCCAACCAAUUCCAGCAACUCCUGUUGCAGCAACAACAUCGAUAACACAGUCAGCUAACCUCCAGACGACAAUGUCUAAGCGUGGUGAAAAGAUGGAAGAUAUAUUUGGCCCAAUAUCGGAUGAAGAGUCCCAGUUUACCGAUGCUGAGGGUAAAGAAUUGUCUUCGAACUUUUCGGUUGAUACAAAUUAUGGUGGACUUUUGCCAUCGUCUAGCAGCAUAACCGGGCCGGUAGUUUCGGCAGCACUGAACCCCUACAAACAGGAUCCACUUACACCGAAAUCACACACAGUUGAAGAGAAUGAGGAGAAUAAACAGAAGGCGCCUGUGUCUAUCGGAGAUGAUGGCGGGCCUAUCGACCGUGAACGCCACAGGAAAGAAAAACGCGAACGGCGACGUAAAGAGCGUGAGAAAUCGCGGGAACAACAUGCCCUCUCAGCACUGCAACAGCGAAAGCAACAUCAUAUUGAUGAUGAGAACAGUGUUGAUCUUGACGAGGCUGGACGCGCUCUAGAGGCGCAACUAAUGGAAGAUUCCGAUAACAAAAUAACUGAAGAUGCCACACCUUCGACAGCCACUACUUACCGAAGUGAUAUGACUGAUGUAUUUCGCUUUUCUGAUGGUGAUGAAAAUUCUCUUGACUCGAAUAUCCCACGUAGAGACAAAUCAGAUGCUCACGAGUCUAAUGCUACAACCCUUAUACCGUCGGGAGUCUCCACAAGUGCAUCUGCUGCAACGCCAGUCCAUAUGAAGAACAAGGAGAAAAAGAAAAAGAAGAAGCGUUCGAAAGAAGAGAGACAUCAUCAUCAACGUCGCGAGUCUAGUGCUUCAGCGAGCUCUAUACAACAUCAUCCACCGCCGCAAGAACCACAACAGCAAAUGCCACCUCAAAUCGCUUCGUCGCAACUACAGCAUUCCGUUAUGUCACCACCAGCGAUUUCCAAACUUUCCAUUGAUAUAAUGGCAGCCAAUGCAAAACAAAUGCAAACCAUAGAAAGUCAAAUCGACAAGGAUGAGAGCGGUGAAAAUUCAGUGGCUCCCACACAUUCACCAAUGUGUAAACCCUCACCCAGUUUGCCUUGUUUGACUGAUGAUGAUAUUGAUUUAGGUGUUUCAUCGAUUCUACAGUCAACAAAAUCCACCGCUGACAUGCUGACCCUAUCACCUAUGCGCGAGAAGAAGCUGAUCAGUCCAAUUCCUAAUACGCCCACCACAAACACAACUCCAUUUGUGAAUGAUAAGUCUCAAUCCAGCGUUUACGAUCCAACUACUUCUCCAAUAAGUUCGCUUACAUCAGCGACAGCUGCCGCCUCAUCCACACCAAGCGCAACAAAUGCGCCUGAUAUGACUAUUUUGACGACUGCAUCCAUAGAAUCAAACUGUGCCUCAUCUAGUUUGGGUACACCAACGACAACAAAAAAGAAACCUGAAAUAUUUAUACCUGGUUUUGAUGGUAAACUGGAUGAACAGAUAAGUGAGUCGGCUGUGAAAUCUAUAUCCGUCGAAUUCAAUUCCUCGAUAUUAGAUGCAAAUGCCGAUGAACCGAAAAUUCCAGUCGAAUCCCCACCUGAUCUUGCUCCAAAACAUAUGGAUAAAACGGAAGACUCAAAGUCAAGAGUAACAAUCUCUCAGGAAGAGACCGAAAGUGCUGUGUUUGCGUUAUUGGGAGAAAGCUUUGGCAAUUCUUCUAAUAUCGAUUACUCCUUCCAAGAUGACGCUCUUGAGGAUGAUUUAGCCGUGGUCGAUAAUGUUAAUGUUGGUGCUCCUGAACCAGAUGAAGAAGCCGUUAUUGCUGCUAAGGCUAUUGAGACAACUAACGAACCGUUGCAACCAGAAGAAGAUGCCGAGGAAGUAAACAAAGCCGUACAAAGCCUUAGUACAGAAGAGAUGGAUGUUAAAGUUGAUACACCGCAAUCCGAGCGUGGACUUCAAAUCGAUACUGAUACAGAAGAGAACGCCGAUGAAGCUGAUAGUAGCGGAGCGAGUCUAAAAAUCGAUGAAUCCGCAACAUCCGGUGAUGUAUCGGACGAAAUAGUCGACAAAGAAAAAAAAACAACAACUCCAUUCCGUACAGAAGGGCAAGAACAUCAGAAUGAACCCUGCUCAGUCAUUACAAAACUGGAAGCAAGUUCUUACGGCGACAAAAACUCUCAACCUGGUGAAAAGACAGUUAAAGCGAUUAUACCGCAAACAACAAAAUUGGAACCACCUACUAUAAGUAAUUUGGUCCAACCAGCUGUACAACCGGUAAAAUCGGUACUGCCGUCUAUGAUUAGUGUACAAACAUCCGCAACUAUGGUCGUCGACGCGGCGCAAGACAAGCCCAGGGCAGCUUUGCCGGUUUCAUUUGUGGAUAACAAGACGGCUUCCUCAAGCUCAAUUUCCACCACAACAACAACAUUAUCCUCGAAUGUACAAUCAUCUAUAGCCGCUAAUAUUAGAGCAUUAUGUUCUCCGCCGAUAAAUGUGCAACAAGAGAAGAAACCGUUCGUUGUUGCAGCAUUGCCGAAUGCACUGUCCACGCCGCCCACCAUAAGCAUUCCGGAGCCUGCAGCCCAUUUCGCCGUACCUCAUCUAUUGAUUUCGCCCAGGAAUAGUGGUAGUGGAGCGGUGUCAACGGUUGGUGAGCACCAAGUUCUCCUCUCCCCUAAAACACAACAGAAGCAGCAAUCAACACAAAUGGCAGGUCAUCCGAUGCCUACCUACACGAUCAAUGUGCGUUCACCAUCUCCACUUAGUCCACAUAAACACAACUCGUCUAGGGGUAGUACCCCCACACGACAGCUGAGCCCCACUGCUCUAACCAUUGCAUCACCGGUACCAACAGCGAAAACCCAACAGCAGCCAUUGUUGUUACACAUUGGUGGACAACGACCAUCUUCAUUGCACCAACAACAACAACUACAAUCGCAUGGACUGCAGUACUCGCCAAAUGCAAGCUCGCAAUCUGCCAAUGUGUCUGGGGGUCCUGUUAUUUCUGGCCCUGCUUCAGCAGCAGUUGGCUGUAAUGCCAAUAUCAUCAAUACACUACACUCACCACACCAAAUGCAGACCAUGGACAGUGGCAGUGCAGCGGGAAGCAUCAAGAAUCCCAGUUCGUCACCAACUCCUAUAAACGUGAACGUGACAAAUGCUCGUAAUCAGUCUUCGCAAUUACCGGCUAAGUUAUCCAUUGAGCCUGUUGGUAUGCAACCGUUGACUGUGCAGAAAAUGACGCAACUGCCCGCCCAUCCCACCAUCAUCAGCAAAGUGGUGAGUGUGAAGCCUCAGCAGGCACAGCAGUCUCUGAUGUCGCCGCCGCUGCAGGCUGGACAGGUGAACACUAAGGGUGCUUAUAUGACAACUCAUCAGCAGACGACUGCGGUACAACAACAACAACAACAUGGUAUACAAUCACAACAAGUGGUGCAGCAGCAGCGACAUUCACCGCAAAUCAUACAGUCAAUGUCGAAAAUACCGAAUUAUCAGCAACAUCAGCAGCCACAAUCGCAGCACCAACCACAACAACAACAACAGCCGCAAUAUGCGCAGCAGCAACAUUUGUUGCAACAGCAAAGACAGCAGAUACAGCAGCAGCAGCAACAACAACGCCAACAACAUCAUCAGCAAAUGCAACAGCAAAUAUUGCAACAGCAGCAGCAGCAACAACAACAACACCAGCAACAGCAGUUAAUGCAAAUGCAAAAAUUACAGCAUCAGCAACAACAACAACAGCAGCAGCAGCAGCAGCAGCAGCAACAAGUUAAGCACAUUCCAUCACAUAUAACAGCGCAACAGCAAUCACAACAACAACAACAACAGCGCCAACGUAUUUUGCCAACUCAGCAAAAUAUACAGCAACAGCAACAUCAACCACAACAACAAUACCAACAGCAUCAACAAAUGCAACAAAUUCCUUUGAAUCGCCAAGCUGUAAGCCCCCCAAACACCACACCAACUGCUACACAUCAAAAUUUGGUAAUAUUACGUUCCCAACAGCCAUCCAUUUCCGGUUCCACAUCGGCGAGCAAUCUGUCGCAAAAUGUCAUACAAUGCUCUGUUCAAAGCGCACAAAAACUGGAGCAUCUGCCAACGCCACCGACUGCGCAACAGCAGCCACUGGACCCAAUGAGUGCUGCUGGAAUGCAGUAUAUUCCUCAGCUGCAGUCCGCUGCUUCGAAGGAGCAGCAAAAGCAGCCACAUCCGCCAAAUGCAAACAAUCUCCAGCUGCCAGUACCACCUGCUUCCCCAUCUCCUUUAGAGACAGCCAAACAGGCAGUGACUACAGCUAACACACCGGUGUCUCAAUCGAAUGCACCAAAGUUGCCAAAUAUUGCUGAUAUUAAACCAGAAACACCAAUUAUAACACCGAUAACGGCACCAACUACGACAGUCAAACAAAUUCAUACAUUCGAUAUGAAUAAACAAGCGCAGAAACCGCUUCUGUCGGUAGCCAGUAGUCAUGAGAAGCCAGUUGAGAAGCUGGCUGAAAAUGUGUCUGUGAUCUGCAGCGUUGAGGGCAACGCAGGUGUUGAGAAGACAACAUUCAAAACAGUUGCUCAGCAGAAACGAGAUCCAUCAAUGCCUGCACUUAAUGCCGAUGAAGCUUCAAUCUCUUUAGGUACCAUAAAAACACUAGACUCGGUUAUAAAGAAGGUUGAAGUGCCCGAAAAUAAAAAUGUACGCAGCUUGCCCACCAUUCCGCAGCACACGGAGGUCGAUGCGAAGCCCGACAAGCCAACCGCCUCUAUGCCAACACGAAACCCACAAGCGGUGAAUAUAACUGAGGUAACCACCAGUAUACGCCCAACGUCGGCUGCUGACGAAAUUACCAAAGCUGGCAAUCCAUCAAUGGGUCUCAACAGUGGAAAACCGAUUGAUAAUGUUUCGACGAAGCAUAUUAAUCUAAGUGCUUCAGAGUUGGUGAAUCCCAUUUCGGUAACAUCUGGUACAGAUCAUGAAACUGAAGACGAAACCGAAACCAAGCAGUCAAAUGUAAUGUCUGAGGGAUCUAUCGGAUUGGGACGACUAGGUGUGAACACCCGUGGAGGCACUGCAAAGCGUGGGCGUCAACCACGGGGUGGCAAGAAGCAAGCUGGCGGUGCUGUAACUUCAGUAUUGUCGUCUCAGUUGGCGGCUGCCCCUAAUGAGGUGUCUGGAGUACAGACGCGUUUACGUAAACCGGCAACAGUGACGCCAGUAAUGCGUGGACGCAAAGGACGUCCGCCACGUAACCUCUUGCUACAACAACAACAACAACAACAACAGCAACAGCAAGCUACACAGCAACCACCCCAGACGCAUUUGGUUAGUGAAUCAUUCGACACAGCUGCCAAUGGGAAGAAGGUGCCCCCACAGCAGCGGAAUGCAGCAGCAAGUAGGACCACAUCAACUACCGCUAGCGACUCGGAUGUAUACGAAUUCCACGAUGAUUCUGGUGAAGAAUCCAAAGUUGCGAAAGAUAGUGCACCAACUGUGGGUAGUCCUAGUGGAAGCGAUGUCCGACCACGUUUGAUUUUGACUAUCAAACCAGGACAAAGUGCACCAAUUGUAAAAGCCAGUGAAAAGACCAACUUGACAGUUGUGGAUGAUGUGUCUGCCACAACAAUGACUUCGGCGCAAUCUUUGCAGCAACAAUCAACCAUUAAAGUGGUAUCAACAGUUCAGUCUGAGCCGAGGGAAAGCAGCAAAUGUGAAAGUCAAAUAUCUACAACAGCUACAGCUGCGCCAACGUCUCAGUUGCCGGAUAUGCCCAACAUGGAUGCAAUCCUAACAACUUCUAUGUCCGCGACUACGACCGCGGCAAUGGUAGUGCCUGGAUCACUAGCAGCACCGAAAAUAGGACAUCCGCAGCCUUCACAUUCUAUACCUUCAUCUUCCACAAAUUCAAUGGACCAAGUUGCAACUGCGGCGCACACAAGAAAAUCGCGGCGCUUACAAGAAAAAGAUCGUUGCACAAUUGACGACGUCAUUGAAGAUGUAGUGCGCAACACCAUAACUGCUGGAUUACUACAAAAAGGCGCACAAACCCCGCCCAGACGCUCUGGACGCAACGCAAACGUUGGUUUGAAGAAGGAUGCGGGUAUGGAAACGCCACCUUCAUCGCCAGCGAUGAUGCGUCCACGACGUUCGAAGGAUCGCAAAGAGAGCACAGAACACACCAACGCCUCGAAUGAUCUAUCUUCGAGUGAUACAGAUGAACAACAUAAAAGAAUCGUUUCAGUGCCCUCCAAGCAGGAACAUGAAGAAGUGUUGCCGGCUAGCACGAGUAGUGCAACGAAUAUUCCCAGUUCAGUGACAUUACAAGUAACUCUUGUAGGCGCACCGCCAACAGCAACAACAGCGCCGAUAUCACAACAACCUAUCCAAGUACCCUCAAAAAUAGUUCACUCCACGCAUACUUCUGCACCGGUCACAGCGCAUGGUGAGAAGCCAUCGCAGCCAAUGCCACAGCACAUACAUCACGUUAUGCCACAGCAUCCGAAAAAGAAAGCACUUGCCGCAGCGGAGAUAGAGUCUUUAGCUGCCGCCAACAGUGUCUCGAAAACUAUCAAUCCAACUACAUCGUCACUGUCAAGUAUCGACAUACCUGUAAGUCACUCAUCUGCCCCAACGACGCAGAAAAGAAGCGGUGGAACCGCCGAUAUGGUAAGUAAAGCACUUGUCGAUCCAGUAACGGGACUAAUCGGCGGCAAUUUACAGCAUGGCAAGGAGGGCAAUUUGCCAGGGGCUACAGCAGUAGCCGCAGCAGCAGCAACAUUGGCCACUAUGCACAAAACGCCUUUGGACACAAAGAAAAUAGUACAGGCGGCUAUUGCAGCGGCGACGGCAGAAAACACUACGCAAUCGCACGAUGUGCGUGGUACAGCCGCCUUGAUUACCAAAGCAGCGACUACUACAAACAAUUUGCAAACAUCGCAAAUAGUUGGGCAAACCGCUCCGGUGUCGGCUUCGGCUUCCAACACAGUUCCUCACGCGGCCCCCUCAAAUUCAUUGCAGGUGGAAGGUACUACCAAAGUGUUGAGUAACCCCAUAUCCCUGUUGAACAAAUCGGCUGUGAGUGUUGUCGUAAAGACAUCAACAACACCCGUAAUCAUCAAACAACAAAUAGUGCAACCCCAGACGACUAUAACACCAACGAUUCCGCCUAACAGCAAACAAUCAAUUGUGGUGCAACAGAGUCCGGUGGUAAUGCACGCCCAGCCAUCAAAUGUACGACCACCUACGCUGAAAGCGCACGUCCUCAACAGUCAAAAGACACUGCAUCAGCAGCAGCAACAACCGCAGCAAUUGCCACAGUCGCACCACAUUGUCUCGCAGACACAGCCACAGCAACAGCAACAGCCUACGCCACCGUCAUUAAAUCAACAACAGGCUAAACAUAUUGUGGUAACCAAUUCGAAUCACUCAAUCACCUCAAAUGUGAUAACGACGCGUCAUGCAUUGCAACAGCCGCAUCAGCACCCUCCUCCACCACCACAACAAUUGCUCGUAAAUAUUCCAUCAUCGAACCCUCAGCAAGUGCCGGCGAAUAUAAAUUCACCGCAGCAGCAUCUGCAACAGCAACAACAACAACCACAACAACAAGCGCAGCAGACACUGGUCAUCAAGCAAGGGCAACCUACCAAUAUGGGUCAGCAGCUGCCGUCACAACAGUCAGUCCAUGUCGUCAACUUGAAUGAAUCUGUUGGCUCACAAGCUGGGGAAGUUUUGUCGGGUCCGCCGCACCAGCAGCAACAGGCAAUGCAAGGAGGUAAGACGCCGCAACAUGCAGCAACGUAUGCAUCGUCCUUGCCUCAGCAACCGAAGUCGCAGCAGCAUCAGCUGCAACCCCACCAACAACCUCAGAAAACAUUGCUAACACCACAGCAACAGAACCAGCUUAUUAAGCAACAUCACCAACAGCACCAACAACAGCAGCAGCAACAACAACAACAGCACCAGACUGUACUUCAACCGCCUGUGAGUGUAUCGAUGGUCACGCAGCAACAACAACAGCUACAGCAAAAUCCGCACAUUCAGUUGCCACAUGGAGUGACGGCAGUGCACCACCAGGGUCGCAGCAAAAUGCAGUCACAACAACAACAGCAAUCCCAAAUGCAACAGCAUCAACAAACAGCUCCGCUCGUUAUACAGCCAAGUGGCAUUAUGGGUCUACAACACCCGACGAUGUUGCUGCAAACCAAACCACCAGCGCACCUACAAUCGCAGCAAUCCCAUCAGCAAUUGACGGCAUCACCGCCGCUGCAAGCUGGUGCCAUUCCGGUGGUCAGUGGUGCCAAAUCCACUCUCGCUGCCAUGCAAACACUACAAGCGCAGGGAGUGCAAAUAUUGGCCAGCAGUGUGGCAAACCCAUCGCCUACCGCGCUCAAACAGACUGCACCGCAGCAACAACAGCAUCCGCAUAAUAAUGCCAACGUACCAGGCGUCAGUAGCAUACGCACCAGCAUUCCAACGUUAAGUCCUCAGAGCCAAUCUCGUGUGACACCGCUACUCUUGCCGACCGGUAUGACCAUGCCGCCAUUUGAGUCGAACAUGAGCGAAUCUAGCUUCCCGGUGGGAGGAAUACGUGGAGUACCAGCACGUGACUCAUUCAUCAUCUAUCAGCACAUCUUACGGAACCAACAGGAAUCUAUGAAUGCCUCCAUACGCGGUGAAUUCGAUGACAAAAUGCUCGGUGGCAGCCCACCCUUGGAGCUGCGCCGACCAGGUAGCGUACCACGCACGAUCGCCGUGCCGCAUGGUAUGCAGAGUCCCCAAGAUCGUGCAACGGAUUCGCCACAAGUGGCGCAAGUGUAUGUACACAACACCCGUUUGCCACACCCACAUUACACGGAGCGAGCAUUUUACGAGGGUGGCCGGCAAUUGCCGAUCGAACCACCGCCUGCACAUCGUUCAGUUCCAGCGCACAGCGUUGUGGCCCAACCGAUGCCGGUAGCAGUGCCUCCACCCGGCGCUGGAGCAACGAGCCCAUUCGUGGGUGCACCAAACGCACAGUUGACAACGACCACACCGAACGUUGGAGGUGGCAAUGUUAAUGUGCCUCCGCCAGGAACGGCAGUAGCGCAUUUGCAUCCUGCCCAAUUGAUGGAGCAUGAACGGGAGCAACGCGAGCAGCGUGAACGAGAAGCACAACAGUUGCAGCGCGAAAAGGAACGCCUAGCUAUGACAAACUCCAAUAUGGAUAAUUUGCAAGCAGGACAACAGGUCGCAGUGCAAGCGAGAAACAUGCAAGUGGCGACGCCGCCUCACGCCAACACCCCUGUGGCACAGCCACCAGCGGCCGACUCGCUGCUCACGCUGCUGCGACGCUACCCAGUCAUGUGGCAAGGACUUUUGGCGCUGAAGACAGAUCAAGCGGCUGUACAAAUGCAUUUCGUGUUCGGAAACCCACAUGUUGCGCGCGCAUCGCUGCCAUGCAAUCGCGACGGCAGCACUCCGCCACUGCGCAUAGCACAGCGUAUGCGACUGGAACAGACACAGCUGGAGGGUGUGGCUAAAAAGAUGCAGUACGAAAAUGAGCAUUGCAUGCUUCUGGCUCUGCCUUGUGGACGUGAUCACGCCGAUGUACUGCAGCAAUCGCGUAACUUGCAGACCGGUUUCAUCACCUACUUGCAGCAGAAAAUGGCGGCGGGUAUAGUGAACAUCCCUAUACCAGGCAGUGAGCAAGCGGCAUAUGUCGUGCACAUAUUCCCAUCAUGCGACUUCGCCAAUGAGAACUUGGAGCGGGCUGCGCCUGAUUUGAAGAACCGAGUGGCUGAGAUUGCGCAUUUGCUAAUAGUGAUCGCAACUGUCUAAAUGGCCAAACACAAUGAUGGAAAGCCGCAAGCCGGCUAAAAUCAACUGACUUUGCUCCAGAGCAUAUAAUACGCAGAAGGGCUGAGCAGUUUGAGCAGUGACUACCUUCGACCACAGGAAAACAACAGAGUCCUUGUGUUUUAAAUGCAUAUGCUCUGCAUCAAAUAUGACCACAAGAAAUAUAUGAAAACAAACAUCAAAUUAGAUUUACAAAUCGGAAACAUUCGUGAAAACCGAAUACACACAUGCACAUAUUGCGAAGAAAGAGUAAAUUUGCUGUUUCGACCAGAAGCAAGCUGUUCCCAAAUAACACACCAUUGAAUGCUAAGAAGAAAGUGAAAAUGUUAUCAGGUCCUUUGGUAGGCUGUGGAACGAGACUGAGAGAUGCUCAAGCUGGCGAAAUAGCAAUAUGUCCAACUUAAUACAACAUAUAUUGAAAGAAAGCAAGCAAACUCCGUACAAUUAUACGGAAGUGCGCGCAAAUAUUCCAAAAGAGGUAUUCGUAAUUCGCGCACUCAACAAAAACAACAAGUAAAGCAUGCAAAAAAUAAGCAAAAAUCGUAAAUAAUACAAAACAGAACAGAAGAAAAGAAAAGAAAAGAAAUAAGUAUAUGAACUUGUUAAAAAUGUAUAGAAAUUUUAUUUUUAUGCUUUUAAGCAAAUUGUUAUAAGCUUUGUGAAUACCUCUUUAGUUUUUGUCUUAUUAAUUAUAUAUAUAGAUCAUACAUACAUACAUAUAUUUGUUUUUGACACCGCAAUAGUUUUACGGGUAAAAAUUUCCUUAGUGUUUUCGUAGUACAGAAUUGAAAAGAAAAGAAAAGAAAAGAAAAAGAGAAAGUACGGAAUAAUUAUAAUAAUUUUAGUGAGAGUAAAACAUUAAACUAAUUUUAUGGAUUUCAACAAUGAAAAUUUGUAAUUUAUAUAUUUGAUCUCAAACUAAAGAAAAGUUUACAUCUUAAUUUUUGCUUUAUUUCCAACAACAACAACAACUGCGGACAGAGCAUAUGAAAAUUAGAUUUUGUAAUUUUUGUUUUUGCAUUGGAAUCAAAUCAAAACCGAAAUUACUUCAUUAUGCCUAGUCUAUGUAUAUAUGUGCACAACAAUGAAAAGGGGAACAAAGCUGACGGCUAUACUACAACACAACAACAACACAUGAGAACACAUUUAAAAUUCCAGUUCCAACUAGAAAACAUAAUCUCGAUGCGCUUGAGUUUAUAAGAUUGUGUAAAAUCUCCAUGACGCGGGAGGGAAAGGAGAGGAGUCUUGUGGGAAUCGAACGCACACUUUUAUGAAUUCAAGCGUACAUCGACGGUUCACGACUGUGUUAUGUGCGAAUGUGUGUUUAUGUUUAUGAUUAAUUUACUAACAAUUAUGAGGUUCUGAGAAUGCCCUUAGAUGCUUGUUACAAUGUAAGUUCAAAUGCCAAAAACAGAAAAACAUAAGGGAAAACUAAAACUAAUACUGGAAGCUGCUUGUAGUCUUACAUACACAUUCAUACAUAAUAUUCAUAUCGUUUAAGCAGAACACUUGCGCAUUCAAACACAUAUGCAACGGCAUAACUUCACCCAGAGUCCCAAAUGAGUUACUAAGACUUCACGCUCAUUUAUUCCAAAACAAUUAACUUUAAUUUUUCGCUUGAUAUGCGUUUCGUAAGCCAUAUUUCGUACUCUAAUAAGAUGUUACAUAGAAUCGGCUGCACUUUUCAGUUGCCCACCUUGUCAAAAGAAAAAUAAGAAAAAUGUUCCCAAUUUCUUCACUUUAACUUUAACUUUAAUUUCAUCACUGCCAUUUAUGAUACUAUAUACAAAGACAUUCGUUCGUUUCGGAUGCACAAUUAUCUCUUGUAAGGCGCACAAUUUUGUUGUUGUUUUGCGCAACAGGUAACCUUCUGUGCCUUGCGAGGAAUCCAUAGAGAGUGCUCCAGCGGCAUGCGUUGAUUGUUUACCAACUGUUAGACAUGCUGUUGGCGUGGUUUCUAUAAAAUAAUGUGUGAUUUAAACCGGGAUCGACGUAGUUUUGCUUCCCCUUUUGCAUUGUUGUCGGCUUGUUUGCACAAAAUGUUUUGUUUAUUAUUCAAACUUUUUUAGCUUUAUUUAAAUUUUUGUUUCAUCUAUUGAAAAGAAGAACUAUUACAAGGAAAAAGUAAAAAUGUAAAUAUAUAAAAUGAAAAUAAUUAAAUGAAAGUAAUUAUACAUAACAAUCCUAACGGGAUUCUAUAAUAGAAUAUGUCUACCCUUUCCCCUACUCUUAUUAACUGUAUCUUUGGUAAUGAAUAACGUUGUAAAAUAUUAAAAAAUAGAGUGUAAAUUAUCUACAUAUAUACAUACAUACAUACAUAAAUAUAUAUAUAUAUAAAUUAUUGGUAAUAUUAAGCGUUGAUGUAACUAAUUAUUUACGAGAUAUUAGCAGUAGCGUCUAUUAAAUAAAGAUACACAUAAACAACUAUGUUAAAUUAAUGUACAGUUAAUCGUAAAAAUAGUUUUUAUUAUAGUGUUAGAACAAAUGAAAAUCAUAAAAUGCAAAGCACCCAAAGUGGCGUUUGUCAAAUGAUUACAAAAACAAAAAAAGAAAAAGAAGAAAACAGAGAAAAAUUGAAAAAAAAUAUGAAUUAAAUGAAAUAAGAAGGAUACUGUACCAUGUAGUAGUUGAAGAGGUGAAAAGAAGUAAUAAAGUUACUGUAUAAUAUUAAAAUCAGCAUAUGUGUGCUUACAUACAUAUGCGUAUAAAUGAAUAAUAAAACCGGGAAGUGCGUAAGUGAAACAAAUCUGCACCCGCCCCCCCCCCAUUGCAUAAAGAAGAUAAAUAUACAAAUAUAAAAUAUAUAUAUAUAUUAUACACAUACUUGCAUAAAUAAUUUAAAAGAUACAAAGUAAAUAAGUUUCAAUAUUAUCAAUACAUACAUACGUUUUAAGUUGUAACAUGCAAGAAGUUUCUCUUUAAUUUUAUAAACAAGAAACUACAAGGAAAUACAAUAAAUUUUCUGUUAUUUUUUCUUACAACAAAUUAAAUAAGCCGUUUAAUUUUUGGUUUUUGACUUGACAAGUUUCGCCUUUCGAAAAUAUUUAGUUUAUACGAGUGGAGUGUGUGGGGCGCGACCCGGAGCCUUCAAAUAGAAUUUGAAUCCGCAAAUGGUUUUGUCCCAGAUGCAUUUUAAUUACUUUUCAUUUCAUUUUGGUAAAUCAAUAAAUGUCAAAUGUUCUAUAUUAGUUCAUUGCGUUCCCUUUGGAAGUUGUUCCGAAGACUUUCGUUUUACCAAACGGUGCCCCAUAUACUAUUUGAGAUUUUCUUUUUUCAUUCCCUGUGGAAUUUUUAGUUGCCUGAGUCCAUAGCGACUUGUAGUUUGAAUGGGGCAUGUGGGGCAUUGAAGACCAGAAAAACCCGCUCGCCAAUGCAACACAAAUCGCAGCUAUUGCGUAUAUGUCUGGCAUGCAUUACGGCCAGUUCAGCAUAUAUUCGUAUAAAUAAAAUUAUAGGAUUCCUAAGCAGUAGUGCGAGCAUGUGUAUGUAUGUGAGUUGAAUAAUUAUCGUGUAAUAGCAAAAUAAAACUAAAAAUUAUUGUAUAAUAAUAGUUAUGACCAAUGCGAAAGUGAAAUAUUCCCUACUCAUUAAAUGAAUAAAAAUAAAUAGCAAAAUUUCA